AUGGCCCAUGGCACCUUGAGGGCAGCUGCAGGCUUCUGCCACUUCAUGGUUUUUGCGUCGGCCGUUAUUGUCACGGGACUAGUAUCGUGGUUUCUCAACGGUUUCCGCUUCCGAGGCUCACACAUAGUGUACACCGAGGUGAUUGCUGUCAUCACAAUCCCGAUAUAUUUGGUUGCCAUGAUUGCCCCCAUUCUUAAGAGCUACGAGGGCUAUUUCCUCCCGGUCAACUUCAUCUUCUCCUACCUCUGGUUAACUUCGUUUAUUUUCUCUGCCGUGGAUUGGAGCGGCCAUCUUUGUCGACAAGAGCCGUUGGGUACGAACCGGUGUGGGAGGAAGAGAGCCGUCGAGGCGUUCAACUUUAUUGCCUUCUUCUUCCUUCUCUGCAACAUCGUAAUCGAGGCGUUUCUACUGCGAGCUUUUCACAAUGACCGCCGCGAAAGCAACGUCGUCCACAAGGAAAGACCGGUCAGCGAAGCGACCAGAAAUUCAGCAGCCAGCGCGACACCUGCCGCGGCUGUUCAGAAUGGAACCGCGCCAGCUACGCAGGUUUAG